AUGCCGAGUAUAUUCCAGGAGGCUUAUGUCACAAUAUCAGCAUCCAGCGCUCGAAACGUGCAAGAAGGCUUCUUGCAGCCCAGACCCUCCGUGUCGAAACAAAGCAUAAAGCUGCCAUUCAGGACGCCGACUGGGGAGGCGGGAUCGAUCCUCAUAGAGGAGCCGCAUCGAUACGCGCCUCAAAAGAAUCCGAUCAGUCUGAGAGCAUGGACUCUGCAAGAACACAUUCUAUCUCCUCGAAUUCUUGACUAUGGUUGCGAAGACGCCUGGUGGAUCUGCUGGAGCACCAAAACUCCUCUAGACGACGAACCAAUGGAUGUCAGUACCGACCAGUUCCGGGAAAAGAAGUUCUCCCUGGAAUCAUGGAGAUCGACCCUCCGUGACUACACCCGGCGCUUCUUGACAUUUCCAGGAGACAAGCUCCCUGCCAUCUCUGGCGUUGCCGCGGACUAUGGCCUUACAUACCAGAGCGAAUAUCUUGCCGGCCUUUGGAAAUUUGCGUUACCCAAAGACUUGCUGUGGAGCUCUGCACGGUCUGAUAUCUCGAGGCCAACGGUCCACCGCGCUCCAUCCUGGUCGUGGGCAGCG